AUGAAUUCGUCAUCAUCGUAUGUAUUUUUCCCUAAACAUAGUGACUCAGAAGCACCGAUAUCAGUGAUUACAGAUAUAUUAUCAGAAAUUGACUCUUUAAAAUUUAAAAAUAUAUCCGAUGAAUUUGGCAAGUUAGGGUUUACCAAAGUGAAGGAUUUGGCAGGAGCGACAGUUGGAAAAGCCAGGUCGGUUAAAUUGCCAGGAGAUACCUUAAAGCACCUUUAUGAAGCGAUGAAGAUAUAUAGUGAAGUCCUAGAUAAGCUUCUAAAGUCUGCAAAAUCAGAAAUUAAAAAUGGAAAUUUCAUUGAGGCACAAAAAAUAUGCAAAGUAUUACUUACACAUAAACCGAAAGAUUUAAAUGUUUUACUGGUUAAUGCAAAUUCAUUUUUCGAAUGCGAAAAAUAUGAUGAGUGUUUGGAGUGCUUAGAAAAAGCAAAAUCUGUUAAUCCCAAUUGUUCCGAAGUUUUAUUAAAUAUGGCAUUAGUUUAUCAGAAGAAAUCAGAAAACGAUUUAGCAAAAGAAUACUAUUUUAAAGCAUGUAAAAUAAAACCGUAUUCUGCAGACGCAUGGACGGAUUAUGCCGAUUUUUUAAAUGAGACAAAUGAUUUAGCCAGAGCUGGUUUUGCUUAUGUCCGUGCUUUGAGCUUACAACAAGAAUCACAUGAAGUACGUAAUAAGUACGGCAAACUACUAUUAAAAUUAAACAAAAUAAAAGAGGCUAAAAAUCAAUUUAAGAUGGCCCACAACAGUGCAAAAGAAUGUCCAGAAACAUUAAACUAUUUAGCAGAUGUAUAUUAUAAGAGCGGUAAAUUUGAAAAAUCGAUUUUGAAAUAUAAACAAACCUUAGAAAUAGACCCUGAUCGGGCGAAUGCUUGUUUUCAUUUGGGAAUGGCUUAUAUAAAACGUACAGAGUACCAAAACGCAUCUAAUGCAUUUAAAAAAGGAGUAGCGUUAGAACCAGAAAAUAAAUCUUAUUUAAAAAUUUUAGCAGUUACAUACUGUCUUCUAGGCGAUAUGGAAUUGUGUGCUGAAACAUACAAGAAGUGUUUGAUACUCGAGCCCGAGGACUUUAAUUUAAAUUUGGAACUUGCUUUAGUGUAUCUUAAUAACAUUCGAAAUUAUCAUCAAGCUUCAUUAUAUCUUGAAAAAUGUACCCAGUUAAAUCCGGAUAGAAUUGACGUGUACCAAAAUCUUUUUACUGCAUACAAGAAAAAUAAAGAACCUGUAAAAGCGUCUGAUGCUUGCAUGUCCAUCGGGGAUUUGUAUAUGGAGAAGGAUGAUUAUGAAAAUGCAAAAUCCGCUUUCACUUGUGCGGCAAUUAUGAACCCGAAGAAUGAAUAUAGUCAUUGGAAAAUGGGCCAAACCUUGUAUAUGCUGGGACAAUUGGAUUUGGCUCUUAUAAAAUACAAACAUACAAUAGCAAUAAAGCCGAACUUUCCCGAUGCCUUUUACGAUAUGGGGGUACUAUUUGAGGAACGUGGUCUUCUCGAAGAAGCCAAAGUACAUUACGAAAAAGCAAUCGAGAUAAGUCCGAACAACCAUAUCAAUGCUAGGUUGAAAUUGAACGAUAUUUUAAAGAAACAAACGGAUCUUAAUAAUGGUAUUACGGACAAUGAAAUGCAAUAG